AUGGACCGAGCGAUUGAACUCUGUGAGCAUUUGACCCAUGUGCUCGACGAGUGCACAUCAAGGCCUCUUGACCAGCCUCACCCACGGACCUUUGUUUUAGAGUCUUUGGGGAAAUGGAUCAAUUCGGAUCGAGAUGUCCUGUCCCACUACCUCGGAAGAAUGAAUACCGGCAGUGCGUCGCCCGAGCCCAGAGAGGACCCAAAAAAAGGAACCCAUAUGGAAAAAAAAACAAAUCAAAAAGACCUGCCUCUUGCCAUCAACGACAAAAAUUGCGCUGGGCGGCUAUUGCGUGUUGCCACCUUCAUACCUCUUGGCAAAUGA